GUGUCUUCUAUGCCGAGCUGAACGAGUUCUUCCAGCGCGAGCUGGCUGAGGAGGGAUACUCCGGCGUCGAAGUCCGUGUCACUCCCACCGUCACCGACAUCAGUACGUCCGCCCGAUAUUUCAUUUUGCAUUUUGCAUUUGAUUCCAGACCCUGUGUGUUAUGUUGGAAAAGGCCGGGAUUGGGACAUUUGAAGAACCGAUAUGGGACGAAUGAUUGGUUCAUCCGGGAGGAGCAAAAGGAAAAUAGUGAUCGGAAAACGGCCGGGAAUAUUUCAACCAACAACUGGAGACCUUUGGGAAUUGGAGACGAUUUUUAUAUGCAAAAGAAGAUGGAAUAUAUGUGCCAGUUGCUAACGGAUGCUCUCUUUCUUUACAGUCAUCCGUGCCACCCACACCCAGGAGGUUCUCGGUGAGCAGGGCCGCCGCAUCCGCGAGCUCACCUCCCUCAUCCAGAAGCGCUUCAAGUUCCCCGAGAACUCCGUUUCCCUCUAUGCCGCCAAGGUCCAGAACCGCGGUCUCUCCGCCGUCGCUCAGUGCGAGUCCCUCCGCUACAAGCUCCUCAACGGUCUGGCCGUCCGCCGUGCUUGCUACGGUGUCCUCCGUUUCAUCAUGGAGAGCGGUGCCAAGGGUUGCGAGGUUGUCGUCUCCGGAAAGCUCCGUGCUGCCCGUGCCAAGUCCAUGAAGUUCACUGACGGUUUCAUGAUCCACUCCGGUCAGCCCGCCAAGGAAUUCAUCGACAGCGCCACCCGCCACGUUCUCCUCCGCCAGGGUGUCCUCGGUAUCAAGGUCAAGAUCAUGCGCGGUUCCGACCCCGAGGGCAAGGCCGGUCCCCAGAAGACUCUCCCCGAUGCCGUCACCAUCAUCGAGCCCAAGGAGGAGCAGCCCGUCCUGCAGCCCAUGAGCCAGGACUACGGCGCCAAGGCUCUUGCCGCUCAGCAGGCCGCUGAGCAGCAGCGUCUGGCCGAGCAGCAGGCCACCGAGGCCCAGGAGGGUGCCGGUGCCGAGGCUUACGCCCAGGAGUAAAGAAAAAAA